AUGGUAUGGAUUCUUUUUUUCGCUGAAAAUUCAGUCUGGUCUUCAUGGUUCAGGGAUGAGAUUCUUGAUGGAAAUCUUGAAAUGUUUUGGGUGAUCAACACGAGGCAGAAGCACUCCUGGCUUGUGAAUACGCUGCUUGACCUCAGGGAAAUUAUCUACCCAUGGAUCAGGAAGCAAAUUCACAAUGGUGAAACCACUUACUUUUGGACAUCAAACUGGUCUCCUUAUGGGAAGCUAUCUGUCUACCUCAACGCCUCUGUAUCGAUGCGUUUUCCAGUUUGCUCGACCGCUACUCUAGCUGAGCUUUGGGACAAUGGAGGCUGGAUUCUACCAAAUGCACGCUCUGAUCGGCAACUUGAGGUGAUUACUUACUUGUCUACUCGGUCCUUGAAUGAUUAUAAAGAUGAGAUUGAAUGGUGGCCGGGAAAUCAAAGGCAAAUGAGCUACAAAACAGGGGCACUCUACGACUUGCUUCGUCCACCUGCUCCUGCUGUAGCUUGGCAUAAGGAGGUCUGGUUCUCGGGAGGGAUUCCCAAGCACAUGUUCUUGGUAUGGUUAAUGGUCAGAAAUAGGUGUCCUACUCGUGAUAGAAUAUUAAGUUGGGGGCUGCUCACUGAUUCUCGAUGCUUACUGUGCAAUGCCGCUGACGAAUCUAUUGCUCACUGUUUUUUCGACUGUAAUUUUGCUUGGGAAAUCUGGAAGCCAAUUGCCACCAAGUGUAACUUCACUUCAUUGAGACAAUGGUCUGUUCUACUGGCACAACUUAAAGGCCAUCCAUCAAAUAGGGUGCAGAAGACUCUGCUGCUCCUAUGCUGGCAAGCAACUCUUUACACGCUCUGGACUGAAAGAAACAAUCGAUUGCAUAACUCCCGGUUCACUUCCUCACAGGGACUGAUUGCUCAGAUCAAGCUCACUGUGAAGAAUAGAAUCUCCAGCCUCAGGAUAGAAAGACCCAAAUUCUCCUCAGCUCUUCUUCAGUUAUGGUUCACAAACUAG